CUAAGUGCACACAGAGCGGCGCCAUGCACUUCACUCGGACCGACUGGUAGCCCGAAAAUGUCUCCUGGAGAUUGCGACCUAAAGCGAAAUGUGCGCCCGGACGCGCACGUCGUUUUAUUAUUACACUAAUGCGAGAGGCGACCGCGGAGCUCGUGUGAUGAAAUUGUCAGGUUUUGAGUCGCGGGUGAGCUCGUUUUUCCGUUUCACUGUGUGUAGCGUGGCAGAGGCAGUGGAUCGUUUCCAAAGUUGUCGGUUAACAGGGCGCGUGUGAAGGAUUGGAAUUAAAGGCGCAGUGCUGCCAUUUUCCACCGCCAACAUGGAGAAGCAGAGCGCACUCGACCUGGACCGAGACCGGCAGUACUGUGAACUUUGUGGGAAAAUGGAGAAUCUCCUCAAGUGCGGUAGGUGCCGAAACUCCUUCUACUGCAGCAAGGAGCAUCAGAAACAGCACUGGAAAAAACACAAGCUCAUUUGCAAAGAGGCAGACAAGACGCAGGUCUCCAAACAGAAGCCCGAGCCCGCACAGCAGGGCUCUGCGGACGGCAAGGCGCAGGAGAAAUAUCAACAAAAGAAAAGCGCAGAGCAGGCGGACAGUGCGUCUCCGAGCGGCGAGAGUAUGAAAGGGUUUAUCACUAACGCUGAAGGAUCGGGGGUCGGUGACAAACCGGGGGAGGACGGGUCGAAUAACGCCAAACCUAAUGGACAGACUAGAUCGUCACCUCAGAAACUUGCCAUGGAGUACAUAGUCCCGUGUAUGAACAAGCACGGCAUCUGUGUGGUGGACAACUUUCUCGGGGCAGAGAUUGGCAUGUGCAUCCUGGAGGACGUGAGGGCCCUGCACAAAACGGGCAAAUUCACAGACGGCCAGCUGGUCAGUCAAAAAAGCGACUCCACUAAAGACAUACGAGGAGACAAAAUAACGUGGAUAGAGGGCAGGGAGCCUGGCUGCGAGAAGAUCCGCUUUCUAAUGAGUUGCAUGGACGACCUGGUCAGACAUUGUAACGAGAAACUGGGAAACUACACGAUAAAUGGAAGGACAAAAGCAAUGGUGGCAUGCUACCCAGGUAACGGGACAGGAUACGUACGCCAUGUGGAUAACCCCAAUGGUGAUGGACGUUGCAUCACAUGCAUAUAUUACCUUAAUAAAGAUUGGGAUGCCAAGGAACACGGUGGCCUUCUUCGAAUCUUCCCAGAAGGAAAGGCCCAGUUUGCCGACAUCGAGCCCAAAUUUGACCGACUGCUGCUGUUCUGGUCAGACAGACGAAACCCUCACGAGGUCCAGCCCGCCUACGCCACCAGGUAUGCCAUCACGGUGUGGUAUUUUGAUGCAGACGAGCGAGCCAGAGCUAAAGAGAAAUACUUAACAGGUGCUGGCGAGAAAGGAGUGAAGGUGGAGCUCAACAAACCAUCAGAUCCCAGCUAGUGAGAAGCCCAAGCCCCCAAAAACAGCCAUUAAGUGCUCUGUCUUGAGAAAGUGGCCUAUAUAGCGAGGAUGUGUGUAUGUGUGUGUGUGUGUGUGUGUGUGUGUGUGUGCAGGCGCGCGCGUGUGUGUGUGUGUACCUGGCAGAAGUGCAGACUCUGCUAGAGUGGGUGGAGGAUCCAUGUUCAUGGAGAAAGGAAAACAAAUACACAGUGAUAUAUAUUCACUUUUCAACAGAUCUGGGCAACCCAGCUGACCUUGAAUGUCAUAACAUUGUGCUGCAAGGGACUGUCUUUUUUUUUUUUUUUUUUUUUUUUUUUUUUUUCUCCUCUCACCUUUUUGGUGACGAAUGCUUAUGUUAAGGCUGACAUUUUUAGAAAAUAACUCAAGACAGGAAUCAAGUUCAAAGACUCUUCAUCUUUCGCAUCUUGGUUUUUGCAGUUAAUUCCUUAAAGGUACAGUGUUCCGUAUAUGCUUGAUGUGUUAAUGCUUUUCACAUGGAAUAAGCUGUUGUAAGCUACGGUAAAAUGUGCUUGAGUUUCGAUAACAUGAGGAGUGAUCUUAAUUAAAAACACCCUUUUUCUGAAAGCACCCCUGGUUUUAGUUUGAGUUCAUUUGCCAGACUUCGAAAUGCCAUUUGUGGUUAUGAUAAAUUAUAUAAACUUUGUUCUAGAUGCAUCAUUGAAGUCAUUGGUCUCCCCUUGAAUUUCUAUAGGGAUUUUUUUCUUUUUUUUUUUAUCUCUCAUGCCUUUCAGUUGCAGUAUGCAGUCUGUAUUAUCUUGCUUUUACCCGUCUGGCAGUAUUUAUUGUGUCAUACCGCCCUCUGCAGGAGACUUAGGAAACAUUGCAUCUGCCUUAAUUUCUGCUGACUUUUGCAGCACUGACUGAUCACAUUGGCUGGCCAGGCAAUUUUUCACACUUUUGUCAGAAGACUAAGUGCUGCCCUCCAGAAACAUGCUGGUUUUCUUGUCCAUUGAUAUUAAUAUACACUACAGGCUCUGCAUCCCUCACAACCGCACUUUUAUACAAAAAAACUCAGUGUGUAUGCAUGUUCUGGUUUAGUAGAAGCCACAGAGCCCUUUAAUGAUGUUUUAUGUCAAAUGAAAAAUAAAAAUAAAAUCCAGAGGCCAGUUGCCUGUGAGCAUAGCCCUGUGUGACAAAAGCAUUGACAAUAUUACACAUGGUAAAAUUUCCUUUUCCCUCAUCGACAGUUAUUUUACCAACCAGUGUCAGUUCAUUGGAGCAUUUUCUGUGCUGCUGCAGCAAUUACAGACUCGUUCAGUAACUGAUUAAUAUUGAUUGUAAUAUGAUGAUAAGUUCACGUUUAUAAAUUGAUUAAUAAAGUGAAUAAAUUUAUAGCUUUGUUUCUUAAUUAAUUAAAGAAUCCAGUACAAAAGGACUUUUAAACAAGCCUUCAAAAUUGUAUUCUUUGUAUUUCUCAGUAAUGUGUCAUCCUAUUAAUUUUCUCUCACAUGUGCUUUGCCAGUGACAUGAUCUUACAUUUAAUUUCAGGUGACCUCCAAAUCAAUCAAUUAAUUAAAUAAUAAAAAAUCAUUCACUGAAAUAGUCUAUAAUUGUUACAAGGACACAGAUAAACCUCCAUAUAUUGUUGAGACAGUACAACCUUGUUAAUUGGAUGUGUUUUUUUCCUCUACGGCAAGCAACUGUUGUUCUGUAUCGAUUGAACAGAUUUAGUUAUUUUCGCUUCAUUUGGUCGAUUAAUUGAAACUGAACAAAAGUUUUUCGUAUCAAGAAAAUCAAAGGGCAUGUCGCUAAAGGUUUCAGGUGCACUUUAAGAAUUAAGAAACUUGGCCGAAAUCUCCAGUGUGCUGAUGUGCUCGGCCUACCUUUGCUGCAAAAAUGAUAAGAAAUGUUCCUUUGUGAGAGGGACGCCACACCUUUAAUGUCCAACUCUGAACUCCUGCAUUCCAACAGAUUAGAUAAGAUUAAACACAUGAUGGGUUUAUGGAUGAAAUCUUGAAGAAUCAGAGCCAUGCAGAUAUCAGAUGAUAUCAGAUAUGCUUGGUAUUUACAACCUGACAUCUGCAUUUUAGACCAGAGCAAAUUUUGUGGUGUUUUGCAGAUCAGAAACUCGUUCAUAGAGUGGAGAGCACAGCCGAUAAAAGCCAGGUCCUGAGGCAGUGUCAUUUUACAAAUGUAUUUAUUGUACUGAUUAUGCAUAGUUAUGGUUAUUAAAGAUCCCUGUCCCACUC